AUGACCAAGUACUUUGUUGAUGAGAAGACCAAGACCGAGGCUUACGUCGGGUACCGGGCGGCGUCCAAGACCAUUGUGGUGGCCUUUGAGGGCUCGCACAACACACAGAACUGGAUCGUCAACCUGCAGUUCCUCAAGGCCGACUUUGAUUAUCCGGGCGCCGAGCACGCCCGCGUUCACGGCGGCUUUUACAAGGCGUACAAGAACAUCCAGGUCGAUGUGGAGAACGACGUCGGCGCGCUUGUGGACCAGUUCCCGGACUACCAGGUGUACGUGACGGGCCACUCGCUGGGCGGCGCACUCGCCGCCUUUGCCGCCCUCGACAUCACCGUCAACCGGCCGCACGUCCCGGUCAACGUCUACACCUUUGGCUCGCCGCGCGUCGGCAACGACGCCUUCCAGCUCUACUUCCAGGCCCAGAUCAGCAACUCAAUCCGGGUUGUCAACAAGGCCGACAUUGUGCCGCACCUCCCGCCGCGGGCGUUUAACUUUCACCACGUUCCUCGCGAGGUCUGGGUCGAAAAGUCCGGCGUCAUCGUCGUCUGCAACGGCUCGGGCGAAGACCCGCACUGCUCCGACUCGCUCCGUACCCCGUGGUCGACUAAGGAUCACCUCGAGUACCUCGGCGUGGUCCAGGGCCAGGGCGCAUGCUAG